AAAAAAAAAUGCAGGUCUGCUCGAACGGGCUUUGACAUGUUAAGAGUUUAUUAAGAGUCGGAGGUGAGUUGUGUUCAUUAUGAGGUUUUUCGGAUAUUUAAUCAUGUGACGCACUUUUCGGGAAUGUGCCCCGCAAAGGUUAACCCACAGGAACCCAAAGUCUGACACCUAAGCAAAGAGUGACCCCGUCUGAUUUGCAACCCCAUUCCGUCCACUUCCUUUUUUUUUCUCGUUUUGGCAUGACCCGACAUCCAGAAACUACCGUCGAGGCAGCUUCAUGCUCCGAGCUCACGGCGGCUCUCAAUAACAAGGCACCGAAACAACCUUUGCCCACAACCCAUGCUUCAUGUUUGACAGAAUCCGCCGGUGCCGUAAGAGAAGUGGCUCGAAAAAUUGGUAAAACCAAGGUGAAGUGGGAUAAUCCCAAAUCGGUCAUGGUCAUCACCAAACCGGGUGAUUACUCGCUUGUGCGUAUGACGCGUGAUCUUGCACUGUGGCUCAUUGAAACACCUCGAUACGGAUUACCCAGCGGUAUUACAGUUUAUGUGGACGAAAAACUGAAGGCUUCCAAAAGAUUUCGAUACAAAAAGGUGCUGCGCCGUUAUCCCAAUGCUGUCGAUAAACUCAAAUUUUGGAAUCCGGAAAUGUGUGUCCUGCAGCCGAAAAUGUUUGAUUUUAUUAUCACGCUCGGCGGCGAUGGCACGGUAUUAUUUUCAUCGUGGCUAUUCCAAAAUUAUAUUCCGCCGGUGAUUCCUUUCCAUUUGGGGUCAUUGGGAUUUUUGACACCGUUUGAUUUUGACCGUUACGACAAGCAUUUGACUCGCGCGAUGGAAAAUGGGGUACGAAUCAACUUGCGUGGACGUCUUACGUGUACCGUUUACCGGCAAGUGCCCCACAUGAAUGGUGCUUCUGCAGCGGAGGGGAAAGCGGUUCAAUUUAGAAAUGUCAAACGUAACCCGGUUACCGGCAAGAUCACCGUCGGUGGGUGGUGUUCGUCGACCAAGAAAAGCAAGCAAAAAAAGUUUGGCGAGGUGGAUGGGGAAGAUCUUGAUGACGAUGCGGUUGCCUUGGCCGAGGGCGACGCCGAUGAAGAGGACGACAUGGCCGAACAACGACAGAUCCCAUGUUUCACCACGGUGCCGGUUGAAAAAUACGAAGUAAUCAAUGAACUGGUGGUCGACCGAGGGCCGAGUCCCUACGUUAGCUUGCUGGAAUUGUUUGGCGACGAUAAACAUCUUACUACCGUGCAAGCAGAUGGACUGGCCAUCUCCACACCCACCGGAAGCACUGCUUAUUCCCUUUCUGCGGGCGGGUCACUCACGCAUCCAGAGAUUCAUGCCACGCUGAUCACGCCUAUUUGUCCUCACACACUUUCUUUCCGACCGACUCUUGUUCCCGACUCCAUGGAACUACGGAUCUGUGUUCCUUACAAUUCCCGCACCACGGCCUGGGCCAGUUUUGAUGGCCGAGGAAGGGUUGAGCUCAAACAGGGUGAUCACGUCAAGGUGACAGCGUCAAAAUAUCCUUUCCCCACGGUUUGCAAAGAGGAUCAGGCCAUUGAUUGGUUUAAUGCCUUACAAAAAUGCCUGCAUUGGAACAAGCGACAGCGGCAAAAAUCGUUUGCUGUUGUGGAGAAUAAUCGAGGGGAUAAGGUUACACAAAGCAUGCCAUCUGCACCGUCUGUGCGUUCCAGUAAUGGAUCUUCGACCACCCGUUCUUCGGCUACCACGCCUUCUGGCAAACCAUCGCAGCAUCCCCCACCUCAUUCUCCUCCUUCAUGGCCUGUUUCAGCUCGUCGACCUCCAUUACCUCCCUCAGGUUCAUCCAAUGCGUCCGACGUGGCUCUUGACGAGGUGUUUGGUUUGUUUAUUGACGAUGAUGAUCGAUCGAACUAUUUCGAAAAUGACACCACGACCAACAGCAGUACUAGCAGCUUGCAGGAUGAAUCACACACAAGCAUAGACAGUGAAGAGGAUGGCAAUGAAAGCGAAGACAUUGACGAUUUGAACGACGGAUUCAUCGGCUGGUCAGAUGAAGAGAUUGCCAAAGCACGCUAUAUGGCUACCGUGGUCCGAAAACUAGAGGAAUUGUAGAUUUUUUAUUUUUGUCCCUAAAAGAAUCCACCUUGAUGGAUCAGGGAUGACCAAGCGCUUGGCCACACGCUGCGAAUUGUCAUCCUUGCCCAAUCCACACGCCC